UAUCGAACUCGUGUUCAUCUCCACCUGUGUGUGUGAUAUUUGGAUAAAUUACCUGAAUUGACUGACCUACGACACAAGAUGACGCAACUACAGAUGCUGGUUGUGGGCGUCCUUUUGGCGACGGCUGCGGUAUCGGCUACACCACGCAAACACUACAAACGAGACGCGCCGCUGAGCUCAUCCUACCUUCCGCCGUCCGGCGGUGGCUUCGGUAAACCUUCCUCGUCCUACGGUGCACCAAGACCCUCCAACAGCUAUGGUCCUCCCAAACCAAGCUAUGGACCUCCAAAACCAAGCUACGGACCUCCAAAACCGUCAAACAGCUAUGGACCACCAUCCCGCCCGUCUACAUCUUAUGGACCCCCGAAACAAACUUACGGAGCUCCAGCUAGGCCUCCAUCGACUAGUUACGGAGUACCUACUGGACCAUCCUCGAUAUACGGAGCUCCUAAACCAUCCAGCACUUAUGGAGCACCUUCGUCUAGUUUCUCUGGUUCAUCAGGAUCAUUCUCUGGCUCCUCAUCUAGUUCAUUUUCUGGAUCAUCAUUUGCAGCCCCUUCAAGCUCUUAUGGAACUCCAUCCAGUUCUUAUGGCGCACCUUCCAGCUCUUACGGUGCUCCAGCCGCCCCUUCAACAUCUUACGGAACACCAAUUGAUUCAUAUGGCGCACCCGCACCAUCAUCAUCUUACGGCGCCCCAUCUGGUGGCUUUGGAUCUAGCCACAGCUCAAGCAACUCUGGGCAUGGUGGUAGCAGUUUCGGUUCUGGUCAUGGAAGUAGCUUUGGCUCUAGCCACGGAAGUAGCGACUUUAGCAGCUCCGGUUUUGGAAGCAGUGGUUUCGGAUCGAGUGGAUCCAGUGGGCUAUCAUCAAGCUACGGCGCACCAGCUGCACCUUCUAGCAGCUAUGGAACCCCAUCAAGCUCGUACGGUACCCCAUCAAGCUCAUACGGAACCCCUUCAAGCAGCUACGGUGCACCAAGCGGUGGUAGCUUUUCGAGUGGCCAUGGAUCUGGGGGCUUCUCGUCGGGUGGAUUUUCUGGAAUUCCCAGUGGAUCCAGCUAUUCUUCUAGCGGUUCCGGCGGCCAUAGCUCUGGUGGUUCAGGUGGUUACUCGUCUGGAGGUGGUGGUUAUUCAUCAGGUGGAUCCAGUGGUAUCCCCGCUACCAUUAACCAGAGCUACGAUUCCAACGGCGGCUAUGUUUACUAAAGCUUUGAACAGAUUUAAAAAAAACACGCUGAGUGCGUUAACCGGGCUCACGGUAACUUGAUGCGAACUCACCAAUGUCCAAACCUGACUCUCUAAAUUUAGUUUUGUCAAUACUCUUAACUUUUAGUAGCAAACGCGAUUGCGAGCCUAGAGUUGAGUAUCAGAAUCAUCCUGAAACACUUCAAGUGCUUACAAAGAAACACUGCAAUACUAAUAAUAUUUUAAUGAGCACACAUGUAAUGUCUAUAUACCAUUAAAUAAAUAACAAGGCAUAGUUAACAAUAGUUGCACCGGAGUAGUUGUGUUUGCUUGAUGAUGUAUGUAUUUAACGAACGCUAUUCGACGUUGUUCAAGUAUUAUUUAAUUUUAAAAGAACUGUACAAAAUGUAGUUGUAAGAACAAAUUAUUUUGUAUGAAUUAAAAAAUUGUGGUUA